AUGUCCUGGUUGAACUGGCUCAUUGUUUCCGGGGUGCUAGUCGCUUUACUCGUCAUCUACAUCAAACAGAAUGACCGCAAGCUCAUGCAACUACCGCCCGAGGCAGCUUCAUUCAAUCCCAAACGCAUGACAGCCGAGUCUUCCAGAGAGGCAGCAGAGCGGCUGGCGAACCAGCCCAAGUUGAUCGAGGAUUACCUGCCGCCGAAGACGGGGCGGAGGUACAUCGUGGUCGGUGGGGCAGGGUUCCUGGGCGGGUGGAUUGUGGUUCACCUGCUCAAACGGGGCGAAGACCCCCGGCGCAUCCGAGUGCUCGAUCUGCGCACCCCGACGCGCCCCGACUUGACCACCGGCCCCGCGAGGGACGUCGACUUCCGCCAGGUCGAUAUCACCAACGCCUCUGCCAUCCUGGACGCGUUCAAUGCGCCCUGGCCAGAGACUGACGGGCCCGAGCCUGAACUGACCAUCUUCCACACCGCGGCGGGCAUCCGCUUCUACGAGCGCCAUCCGUCGCUCGUGCCCAAGUCCGCGAAGGUGAAUGUGGAGGGCACAAGGAACGUCAUAAGCGCUGCGCGGGCUAUUGGAGCCAGCAUCCUCGUAUACACCUCUUCUGGCUCCAUCACCGUCCGCCGCAGUCGGUUCUGGCUGUGGCCCUGGGAGAAAGAGCCGAAGUACUUCGUGCAGACGCUGAAUGACGACGACAAUAUCAUCCCAAAGCAGCACGACCAGUUCUUCUCUAACUAUGCUGUAACGAAACGAGAGGCGGAAUCGCUGAUCCGCCAAGCAGACGGUACAUCCUCUGGCAACGGCGUGCUCAAAACGGGCGCCCUGCGGCCUGGAAACGGAAUAUUCGGUCCUGGUGGCGAUAUACUGUGCGGCGCGUACCUCGUCCGCAAGGACAACCCGACGUGGAUCGGACACAUCCUGCAGAACUUUGCCUACGUCGAGAAUGUAUCUCUCGCGCACUUGAACUACGAGCAAGCUCUACUGGAGAACCUCAAGGGUGCGAAACCAGAUCUGGGUGGCCAGGCGUUCGCAAUCAGCGACCCCGGCCCUCCUAUCACUUACGGCGAUGUCUAUAUCGCGCUCUCGACGCUGACGAAUGGGGAGACCAAGUUCCCCUUGCUCUCGCCUACGGCAAUGCUGCUGCUUGCUCACAUGUUCGAAGCAUACUACCUGGCGCGGUUCUUCCUGCUCGACUCACCCUCCUCGUUACUCCAUCUGCUCGGCUCCCUGCUCCCGGCGAUCGGAGGCGACCUUGUUAACCUGCAGCCGUCCAUGUUCGCGUUAACAAUGGUGCACCUGAUUUUCGACGAUUCUCGUGCGCGGCUACCGCCUUCUAAAGGUGGGAUAGGUUACACGGGCGCUUGGACGACGGAAGAGGGACUAUGUAAACUUGUGGAGGAGUUCAAAACGGGCGGGGGACACGGAGAGGAGAGGUCUAUGGGUGGUGGGGUUAGCUUCGGUUUUGGACUCGUAAAAGCUCAAAGCGGGGUUCAUAACAUCGAGAAGAAAUUGGGGAACGGUCUCGUUGAGCGGCUAGAGGUGGACGCCACGGAAGCUCUGAACUAG